UGCCAAAAUGCAAAGCAUUGCAAGUCAGGAGAGGAAAGUCAAACAAUCCAAUGAAUUUGAUGAUGUCAAAAUAGGAAAAAAACCGGACACUAUAAUAAAGAUAUUUUUUAAUGAUCAAAUGUUCGAAAUUGGUUAUAUGGAGUGCUCAAAAAUUCAAUGUACUUCAGAGAAAGAAACUGAAGAUUCUGUGAAACUUUGGAGGGGGCUAAACGAUGGCAUGUCUUGGGUAUGA